CCUCAAAUGCGUAGCGUAGCCAUUAGUGUAUCGUGUUCGCAUUCGCAUCUUUCUUUUCUAUGGGUACGAGCUGAACACGUGAAUUCUUUCGGUUUUCUCGUUUUAUUUUUUGAUAUUGGUUUGUAGAGUUGAUUUGAAUCGUUCAAAAUGACUGAAACAAUGCAACUUCGUGGUACCCUUCGUGGGCAUAACGGAUGGGUCACCCAGAUCGCCACCAACCCGAUUCACACUGACAUGAUUUUGUCUUGCUCAAGAGGUAAGCGCACUACUUACCGAUUUUAUACGAAUUGGUUUCUGUGUAUUAAGAUUAUGAAAUAUAAUACUCUUUACGUCCUUAAAGUGCGUUCUUUGAUUUAUCGAUCGAUGUUACUUAGAUAAAACGUUGAUCGUCUGGGAUCUUACACGUGAUGAGCUCAACUACGGUAUCCCUAAAAAACGUUUGCAUGGACAUUCUCACUUUGUUAGUGAUGUUGUUCUCUCGUCUGACGGUAAUUACGCACUUUCUGGAUCAUGGGACAAAACUCUGCGUCUGUGGGAUUUAGCUGCCGGGCGUACCACUCGUCGUUUUGAAGACCACACCAAGGUUCAAUAUCUCAAGCUUUUUUUUUACUUUUUUUUUUUAUUAAACCUAGAAGAAUUACUGCUUGGUAAGUACUUACACAUGUUGGUAUGCACCUCGCGGAUCGUUCAGUAGGGUCACAUGCUUGGUUCAAUCGCUAAAUAAUUAUUCAAUUUUAAUUUAGGAUGUCCUGAGUGUUGCCUUUUCUGCUGACAAUCGUCAAAUCGUUUCUGGAAGUCGGGACAAGACCAUCAAGCUUUGGAAUACAUUGGCUGAGUGCAAGUAUACUAUUCAGGUAAGAAAAAUUAAUAUAAACUAUUACCUAUGAGAUAAUAAAAUAUAAUAUUUUAAUGUUUAGAAAUUAAAUAUUAUAACCAUUAGAAUCUAACUAAAUAUUGGUAUCUGAUUAAUAUAUUUUAAUUGAUAAAUAACAUAGAUCGCACAGUAUUAUAGAUAUGCCUCCUAGUAUCUGAACAUGCAUAUCUAAUAUUUGGUGUUGCUUGUUCAUUAUUAAUAAAUUGUUAUUUAUAAUAUUAUGGUUGCUACAUAUUUUACUAAAUUGUUUUCUAAUACUUAUGAACUUAAUUUUUGAUUUAUAUUUUAGUUAAAAUUGUGUAAUUUAUAUUAAAUUAAAUAUUUAUUUUAUAUAGGAUGAUGGUCACAGUGAUUGGGUAUCAUGUGUACGUUUCUCUCCAAACAUCCAUAAUCCAAUUAUUGUUAGUGCUGGCUGGGACAAGGUUGUUAAAGUAUGGAACUUGACUAACUGUCGUAUCAAGACAAACCAUUACGGACAUACUGGAUAUCUUAACACUGUUACUGUUUCACCUGAUGGUUCCUUAUGUGCUUCUGGAGGAAAGGUAAGAAAAAAAUUAUAUAUAUGUAUUUAAAAUAAUAAAUACUAAAUAAACUUGAUGUUUUUAUUUAGGACUGCAAAGCCAUGUUGUGGGAUCUCAAUGACGGCAAACAUUUACACACACUCGACCACAACGACAUCAUUGAAGCUCUUUGUUUCAGCCCUAACCGUUACUGGUUGUGUGCUGCAUUUGGACCAUCAAUCAAAAUUUGGGUAAGUGAUAGGUUAAACUUAGUAUUUAUCUAAAUACAUUUUUUUAACUCAACAAUUUUAAAUCAUUUAGGAUUUGGAAAGCAAAGAAAUGGUUGAAGAACUUCGCCCAGAAGUUGUAUCUCAAUCAGUAAACAGCAAUACCGAACCACCUAGAUGUCUUUCACUUGCAUGGUCGACUGAUGGACAAACGUUGUUUGCUGGAUAUUCAGAUAAUAACAUUAGAGUUUGGCAAGUUUCUGUCAGUGCCCGUUAAUGUUGCUAUAAUAUAUUUUAAUAUAAUAUAUUUUGAUAU